AGUGCGAGCGAGCGUGUUAUGUGUCGGAUAGAAAAUGAGUUUGAGUUUCCAGCUGAGUGCUUGCUCUCGCUCAGUGUGUGUGGCGUUAUUAUAAUCCCGCUCCGUUCCCCAGCUCACAGAAUGGCCAGAUUCACCCAGACUGAGGCGAGACGGCAGCAGCAGCCCCAGCAGCCCAGCCUGGUUUUCACUGGACCGGGGGCAGUGCCGAACCAGCCUCCGCUACUCCUCAUCCAGCACCAGCACCCGUACGCCCAGAUCACGUUCCCGAAACCCAUGAACGGGUCAGAACCGAUCUCCAUACAUCCGACGGACAGCGGCAACAUGAAAGACCAAGAUGCCAUAAAACUGUUCAUCGGGCAGAUACCGCGGAAUCUCGAGGAAAAGGACCUGAAACCUCUCUUUGAACAGUUCGGUAAAAUCCACGAAUUGACAGUUCUGAAGGACCGCUACACUGGGAUGCACAAAGGGUGUGCGUUCCUCACCUACUGCGCCCGAGAGUCUGCCAUCAAAGCACAGAGUGCCCUGCAUGAACAGAAGACACUGCCAGGGAUGACACGGCCGAUCCAGGUGAAACCUGCGGACAGCGAGAGUCGUGGAGAAGACAGGAAGCUGUUUGUGGGGAUGCUGAACAAGCAGCAGACAGAGGAGGACGUGUACCGCCUCUUUGAGCCCUAUGGAGUCAUCGAGGAGUGCACCGUGCUAAGGGGUCCGGACGGAAACAGCAAAGGCUGUGCCUUUGUAAAGUUCUCCACGCACGGUGAAGCCCAGUCUGCAAUCAGCGCCCUCCAUGGCAGCCAGACCAUGCCACCCGGCUCCCGUUCUCUCCCCCCCCAGGGCGCCUCCUCCAGCCUGGUGGUGAAGUUCGCCGACACCGACAAGGAGCGCACCAUCCGGCGCAUGCAGCAGAUGGUGGGGCAGUUCGGCAUCUUCAACCCCACCGUCGCCCUCCCCUUCAGCUCCUACAGCACCUACGCACACGCGCUGAUGCAGCAGCAGGCCGCCAUCAUGGCCGCCUCCCACGGAGGAUACCUAACGCCCAGCAUGGCCUUCCCCGCCACUCAGAUUCACCAGGUGGGGGCGCUCAACAUCAAUGGCCUGCCCUCCACCCCCGUUUCCGGCCUCACCUCUCCGCCCGCCAACAUCGCCACGUCCGGCGUGCCCAGCAUCGUCGCCCCCAUGGUCAACGGCUUCACCGGCAUCCCCCACCAGCCCAACGGCCACCCGGCGCAGGCGGUGGAGGCCGUCUACGCCAACGGCCUGCCGCCCUACUCCGCCCAGAGCCCCACGGCGGCCGACACCCUCCAGCAGGCCUUCACCGGCAUCCAGCAGUACACCGCCAUUUACCCAGCAACCACACUGACCCCUAUUGGCCAGACGAUGGCACAGCCGCCUCAGGUCAUCCAGCAACCGCAGCAGAGGGAAGGGCCCGAGGGCUGUAACCUGUUCAUCUACCACCUGCCGCAGGAGUUUGGGGACAGCGAGCUCAUGCACAUGUUCCUGCCGUUCGGUACAGUCAUCUCCUCCAAGGUGUUCAUGGACCGAGCCACCAACCAGAGCAAGUGCUUUGGCUUUGUGAGUUUUGACAACCCGGCCAGCGCCCAGGCCGCCAUCCAGGCCAUGAACGGCUUCCAGAUCGGGAUGAAGCGUUUGAAAGUGCAGUUAAAACGGCCCAAGGAUGCCAGCCGCCCCUACUGAUGGACCCGGACACGCCCCUGCAGAGUUCUCAGCCACAGCACAGGUCUGGAGUCUGAAAACAAAGAUAUCUGUAAGGAGUUAAAACCUUUUUUUCCUUUAAAGAAGUUGGAUAUAAAAACUGAACAAAAAAAGAAGCAACUGCGUCAGUAAAAGGGAUUUCUGAAUACAUAUCAGCUUUAUUUUAUGGAGACUGGAUGGGAUUGGAACUGGCAACACCCACAACAGCAACGGGAAAAUAAGAAUGAUGACAACAAAAAAGAUCUGGGGGGAAAAAAGGGGAAAACUUUGAACAAUGCAGCUUUUUUCUCAUCGAGACUUGAACUGUUAACAAAGCAACAAAAAAUGAAGCAGCAACAAAUAGAUUUAUAUAUAUAAAUAUAUAUAUAUGUACACACACACACACACACACACACGUAUACACUAGAGAAAUAAUCAUAUAUAAAUAUCAACACAGAUAUCUAAGAGGCGCUUGUGGCAUUGUACCAAACUGGAAAAUGAGGGUUAAAACUCGAAGGAGGAGGAAUUAUGGUGGGGGGGAAAAAAAAAAGAGAACGCUUUUCUGUCCUGCCAACAGACUCGAGACUCCUCCCUCUCUCGCACUCCUCCGGCAAGCGCAAAACCGCCACUUUCUGAGGUCAAGACGGAGGUUUCCACGGCAACACUACAAAACUGAAUCCCUCCUCUCUUUCUCUCUCUCUCUCUCACACAUCACACACCCCUUUAGGGACCAAAGGACCAAACAUUUUUAUUCUUAUCAACCUUUAUGUAUUAUAUAAAAUAUGAAUAACGAUAUUACUACUGCAACCUGCUGACAACGUUACCAGUAAAAAAAAAGAAAAGAAAAGAAAAAAAAGAAAAA